UUAUUCCUUUUUUAGAGGGAUUUUUGCCGCUUUUUAUGCUGCGGUAUAUUUUUUUUUUUUAUGUCGGCCAUUUAAUUUCUGGAAAUGUGUAACAUAAACUGCUUUUUUGUGACUAUUAAAUUUGUUUUCUAUUGAGAGAAAGCCUAAUUUUGAAUAAUUGCAAACCCUUAUACUAUUUACGAAUGCGUCAAUUAAGAUUUUUAGAACGGUUUUUAUGCACUUCAGUUUUUGAUCAAAAGGUGUUAAAAGUUGCUAUAUUAGGUGCUCCUAAUGCUGGUAAAUCGACUUUAAUAAAUGCUGCUGUUGGUUCAAGGGUAUCAGCAGUUUCUGAAAUUAAACAUACCACUCGUACAGUAGCUAAUGGCAUCAAAAAUAUAGGUAAUUGUCAGAUUAUAUUUACUGACACUCCUGGCAUAGUCUCAUUUGAAGAAGGGCAUCGUCUUAAUAUGGAUCGUGCUCAUCUACGCGGACCUCGACGUGUAGCUGGAUCUGCUGAUAUGCUAGCCAUUAUUACAGACGUAGCAUCUAAAAAUACAAGAAACUUUAUUGAUGAAAAUAUAAUUGAAAUUAUGAACAGUAAUCUUGAGGUCCCUGCUAUUCUAAUAUUAAAUAAAAUAGAUUUACUAAAACGAAAAGAAGACUUAAUACCAGUUGCUUCAAUGUUAAUGCAAAAACGAACAAAAGAUGUCUGGGGCUAUCAUUCAUAUGGAGGUUCUGAACGCUUUCAAAAAUGUUUUAUGAUAUCUGCAUUUUCAGGUGAUGGUGUAGAUGACUUACUUGAUUACUUAGUAGCAAGUUCAAAAUCGGGUGCGUGGGAAUAUUCUGACCAAAUAUAUUGUGAUUCUAGUAUUGACUUUCAGAUUUCUGAAGUUUUUAGAGAAAAAUUGCUAAUAAUCUUUGGACAUGAAAUUCCAUGGAAAGUGAAACAGGAAACUGUGUUGUUUCAUGGUAACGAUGACGUAGUUCGACUGCACCAAAAGUUAACAUGGCCCAAGAAAAGUCAAUGUCGGUACGUAAUGACAAAACUUGAUCAGCUAUCUCACGCUUGUGAGACCGAACUUUCUAAAAUGUUUCACAGUAAAGUUAUACUCACAGUUGAUAUUAGUCAAAAGCAUAACAUGACCAAGGAUGAUUUAAAGUAUUACUGAGAAUUUAAUAAUUCGUAUUUAUUAAAUAAACAUGAAAUUCAAUUAGUAA